GAACUUAAUACCCAACCUUCACUUUCCCCACGCUUCCACCACCAGUAGCUGUUACCUUGCAGAGAAUCCGAACGCAAUUCAUCAAGCUAGCUUCUUCCUCCAAUGGGCAGCUACGCGAAGCAUAUGAUCCUAUUCCAUGCGAACAUCACCAAGUCCCAAGGUGACCGCCAUCAUCGCCGGCUACAACAAGCAGUCCAUCCAAUAUCCUCAACUCGGGCCGCCGAGGAGAAGCCGAGGACGAGGCGGCGGUGGGCUCUGCUGUUCACGGUCAUGGCAGCCUCUCCGACGCCGGGGUUGAGGCGACCGCCACCGCCGGCCCGGGCGCAGAGCUGGGGCACGCAUUCGUUCCUGAAGGAGAAGUACUUCCAGCCGGGGCUGACGCCGGAGGAGGCGGCGGCGAGGAUCCGGCAGACGGCGGAGGGGCUGCGGGAGAUACGGCACAUGGUGGACACCAUGUCGUGGCGGUACGUGAUGUUCUACAUCCGGCUCAAGGAGGCCUACCUCGACUCCGACCUCAAGAACGCCAUGGCCACCGUCCCCGACGCCCGCCGCAAGUCCUACAUUAAGACUGCCAACGAACUCGUUGAUAGCAUAGCCGAGCUCGACCGUUAUGUGAGGUCUCCUAAGGUAUAUGAAUCCUACCUCUACUACGAGAAGACACUUAAAUCAUUGGAUGAACUGAUAGCAAUGCUGGCUUGAUUAUGGGAGACCAUAUGCGCUGAAGUUGGCUACGUUGUGUGAGCUGAAGGUUGAAUGAAAAGCAAUGAAUGGCCUACCAAAACAAAUCUGCAGCAAAAGAGCCUAUAUUGUUCGAUGCAAGAGACUUUUGAUGGAGCUUGCAGCAUCGGGUUGUAGCUUUAUCAAGGUGUAUUUAAGGGAAGACAGCAUUUUUUUCACUUCAUGCCUUCAUUAUGUUGUAGACCUUACUUCUUUGGUGUUAAAUUUUCUAAUUUGCAGAAAAA